GUGCCCGGCGCGCGCCUCCCGCCGCCGCACUUUCACUCUCCGCUGCCGCGUUUGCUCCGAGUCCCGCCUGCGUCCGCCCGCCGUCCGCCGGUGCCAUGGAUGCCAAGGUCGUCGCCGUGCUGGCCCUCGUGCUGGCUGCGCUCUGCCUCAGCGACGGGAAACCGGUCAGCCUGAGCUACAGAUGUCCUUGCCGAUUCUUCGAGAGCCACGUUGCCAGAGCCAACGUCAAGCAUCUCAAAAUCCUCAACACUCCCAACUGUGCCCUUCAGAUCGUGGCGAGGCUGAAGAACAACAAUAGACAAGUGUGCAUUGACCCGAAAUUGAAGUGGAUUCAGGAAUACCUGGAGAAAGCUUUAAACAAGAGGUUCAAGAUGUGAGAGGCGCAGGUUGGGUCAGACGCCUGAGGAAACCUUACAGUAGGAGCCCAGGUCUGAAACCAGUGUUAGGAAGAGCCCGCGGCGGCUCCGCUGCACCCAGGCAGGGCCCGGUACAUUUCCGAGGGCUUUGUUUUGCACAGUUUGCCUUUACUAUCACCAUUUGAUUAUGUAACAAAAUAUAUGGUGUUUAUUCUUCAUUUAGUUUGAUUAUCCAGUGUCGCUGGUGACAGAUAGGAACUUAGACUGAGGCCAUUAUUUUACUUGCUUUGUUAUAAUAUCUUUCCCGUGGAGCCCCUCACCCAGCUGGAGGUUCCUGAGUUUUGUAUCUCUCUGAGCUGUGCAGGCUGAGACCCCAGAUCAUCCUGUUGUGGGACGGAGAGCCCCUGGGACGUAUCAGAACCAGGGCAGACCCUAGUGAAGGCUGCCCCAUGCAUGGGGGGAGGGGGGGCUGCAGGGUCAAGUUUAGAGAGUCAGACGGGAGCUUCACCCUUCCUCAGAGUGAGAGCUGGGGCCUUCCCCAUUGGUGAGCAUCACAGGGCUUCCCCAAGUUGAGGCAGGCAGGGAGAGACGCACCCCUCAUCCUGAGCUCUUCCCUACAUCCCAUCAUGCUGUUGUCAUUCUCUCUCUCAUCCAUCAUCAUGUAUCUCCAAGACUGUCUCCAUCGCCCUGGAAAAAGACUGUCUCAAGACCAAAGCUUUCAUUUAAACUGGGCACCAAGAAGCAAAUCAAAAUGUCUCUCGUGUCACCCGGUGCUGCAAACACUGUGCACAUCUGUGUCUCGUUUGGAAUAUUGUCCGUUGUCCAAUCCUGUGUCCUUGUUCAAAGCCAACGUCCUCGGGGCACGCACUGUCCACCCCUUGGAUGCAAAGGCUCAGGGUAAGGAGAGGUCUUUUGACCAGGUUUCUGAUUAGGGGUGUGAUCCUCUUGGGUGGACAGCCUGGGUUUUUCCACUGAUCACAAACCCAAGAUGGAUCCACAGAGCCCAAGGGAAUUCGGUGCGCAGCAGAGUUGACCCAUGAGGAGGCCAGGCCUUUAUGCUCCUACAGUUGGUAUCUGAGAGCCACGGGGAGUUUUUGCUCCAUUGCAUCAAGCGCGUGAUUGUUUUGGCGAGAACGUGAAAAGAAUCCUCAACCCUUUUUUUUGGUUUUUGAAAAGCUGAUCCAUGAAAUAAUGAGUCCUGGACGUGAAGAUUCCUUCCCAACUAAAAUCUAACCUCCCCUUUUUCCCCACCUGGCAAGCCCAUCAUCCACCACCUUGUACAGUGGCGUCUGGACUUCUCCACUGCUGUUACCUUGUGCUUCCAGAACGUCCAUCUUGGCUUUCACUCUUAGAAAAGGGGAUAUUUGGGAAAGUAGGCUAAAACCUUGACGUGUAGGGUGUUUUCCUUUACCGAGACCAGUUUGUAGAGUUGCAUUAAACAGUUUAAGUGCAGCAGGUGGGCACUUGAGGGGCUUUUUGCUUGUUGUGUCGUUUCACAUUUCAUCUUACUAAUACUUUGCUUUUGGUUCAGUGUCCCAGCAAACAUUUUAAAUUAAGAAAAUGGAAGAAAAGCAGGGCAAAACAAGGAAAUGUAUCAGUUGAGAGGACACUGUAAACAACAUGCAGAAAGUAUAUUCUAACAAAAUAAUCUGGAAUUGUAGGUGUUUUUAGAUUUAAUAAUCUUUGUGUUAUCGGUAACAUGUUAAUAUUUGCGUAAAUAUUCCUUUAUAUUGGGUCUUCGUGGUAGAAAGCCAACCCCUCUGCCAAACGAAAAUUGGUAUCUUCAAAUCAGCAAUAUUAUAUUGAAUAAAAUAGAGCACAGGGACCUUUAUUAGUUAGAAGGAGUACCGAACUGGUUUCAAAACUGUCUUUUGAAAUUAACCUGACACUACAGGGCUCCUGAAUUACAUGUGAAAUGAUUGCUUUUCAGUGGGAUAGGCUUUUUCUAAGUCAUCCAAGAUAUUUAAAACUCUCAUGGAAAAUGUGGAGCCAUCUUCUCCUGGAAUCCCUGAACCAGAGCCAUUAAAUCUCUUACUCCAAGAAAAUAAACGUGGCCCUGAAUCUUGACUACAGUUAAAGAAUUGUUUGUUUCUCCCCAACAGGGGGGAAAAUAGGUAAGAGUAGAAACUUCUAGGAAAAUUAUCUGCCUAACAAUUACUCUACUUGCAAUCUGCUUCUAAGUGGAGGCUGCCCAACUAAAGCAAAUGUGCAUUUAAAUAGUCUAUUUGCAAAGGAAAAGGCUCGCCCAUCCCCUUUUGCUUUAAAAACAAGUCUAGAGCAUCAGUUGAUUAGGGGUCACCCAGCUGUUCCUCCUCGUCCAAUGCUGCUCUACCUGACCUUCCCUUGGGCUCUGUGUAACCUCUAAGGCCGUGCUCCCUUGCCAGCCUUUGCAUCAGGACCUGGGCAGCUGUGGGGCCGGGGUGGGGACCGGGACCCCUAGAAGUGCUGUGUGUUUAUAUCUGAAUCUGCGCCCUGUGUUGUUUGCACUGUUCUUUGUCCAGCCCCGCCAGGUGCUGAGACCCCAGCGAGGUGGCUCAGGAGUAGGGGAGCGGUGGGGGGGAGCCCUCUGCCGGUGGGCCUGUCCUCCAGAGAAAGGAGGUUCAGCUUUGAGCAGAGGGCCUGAAUAGCCAAAAGUUGCAGUUCCCCUCUGUGUGAAGACCAGAGAACUUCUAAGCUUUUUCACUGGAUCCGAUUUGACCUUCCUUUUCUGACUGCUGCCUGAUGUUAUGGCAUGGGCUCCCCACUGGGAGCUCAUCACCACCCCCGCCCCCCGACCCCCGGGCAGGCAGUGUACCCUUCUGCAACUGGAUGGGAAUUGUGGGGUCCCUGUACACAUCUUCCCUGUACCUAUCUUCCCUGACCCAUUCCCAGGGAGCCCUGUCCCCGGGAAAUGCUCCCUGGAAACCUUCAAAUCCCCUCAGCAGACCAUUGACAUUGAUUGCCAAGUUGAAAAAAAUAUCACCCGGAAAACUUGUUAGUCUGCAACCUCGCUGGAUUCUCAGUCUCUGAGCAGUGAUGGGUUCAGUGUUAAAUGUGAUAAAUACUGUAUUUUGUGUUGUUUAAAUUACAUCUCCCAGAUAAUGUGAAAAUGGUCCAGGAGAAGGCAGCUUCCUGUAUGCAGUGUGCUUUUUUUUUUUUUUUUUAAUAACAAAUAACAACUCCUUCUGAGAAACAACAAUUUCUACUUUGAAGUCAUAUCAAUGAAAAGAUGUAUAUGCACUUACAAUUUUUCUAAUAAAGACAUGUAUUCAAACGUA